AUGAACUUCUACCCUCCACCCCCCGUCAUCGAAGCGGAGCUCUACGUUCGGAUCCCGGACGACAAGCGGUGCAUAGGAGAGGAGUCCGAGUGGAGAGGCGGGUUUGCAGCCGCCUUCCAGCACAUCUUCCUCGAAGGGCCCGUGGUCGACGCCGAGGGCAACCUCUUUAUCGUCGACAUCCCCUACGGCCGGAUCCUCAAGAUCGACGCGCAGAAGAAUGUGACCGUCUGCGUCCGCUGGGACGGCGAGCCCAACGGACUGGUGGCCACUCCAGACGGGACGCUUCUGGUGGCAGACUACAAGCAGGGCAUUCUCGAGUUCGACCCCGCCACCAGCACGAUCAAGCCCAAGCUGAGCCGCAAGAACCUAGAGCGGUUCAAGGGCCCCAACGACCUCAUUAUGGACUCGCAACGGAGCCUCUACUUCACAGACCAGGGCCAGACGGGCAUGACGGACCCGACGGGGCGCGUAUACCGGCUGUCGCCGACAGGCAAGCUGGACACGCUGCUGGACAACGGCGCGUCGCCCAACGGGCUGGCGCUCUCGCCCGACGAGCGGUUCCUGUUCGUGGCCAUGACGCGCGCGAACCAGGUGUGGCGCCUGCCGCUGCACGCCGACGGCACCACGUCCAAGGUCGGCGUCUUCUUCCAGUCCUUUGGCACGGCCGGGCCCGACGGCCUCAGGGUGGACGAGGAGGGGAACCUUUUCGUGUGCCACCCCAGCCUGGGGUCCGUGUUCGUGGUGGACAAGCAGGGCGUCCCCAAGGCGCGUAUCGUCAGUGGCACAAAGGGCAUCAACCUGACCAACUGCUGCUUCGGCGGGCCCGAGCACAAGACGCUCUACAUCACCGACAGCCUCGAGGGCAACGUGCAAAAGGUGGAGUGGCACUGCAGGGGAGCAGUGGCGGCCCCGAAGGUGUCUAGGAGUGCCGUUUGA